AUGCUUUCCGAACAAACUUCACCCACGAUACCUCGCACUCACGCCUUGACUAAUCAUAAACAUAUCGUCCCUAUGAGAACUCACAUGCGCGUUGGCUUUAUUUCACGAGCGGAAGCGGGCAAAACUUUAGCUAGAUUGUUAAAGUAUUAUGAUAAUAAGCCAAACACCAUCGUCCUUUCUAUCAAUUCUGCGCCUCUACCUCUGGCAAAUGAAAUCGCUGUAAAAUUAAACCUACCAUUAGAUUUGUUCCUGAUCAGGACCCUUAAGGCUGAUGGAUGGACAGUUGGCGCUGUAACCGAUAGAACAGAGGAGCCAUUAUUAAAGGAUCAAAUUAUUAGGGAAGAGCGCUCUCAACUUGACAUGCAAAGAACAUUGUUUCAACCACCAAAUCUUCCGCUCUCAACCUCAGAGAAUGCUACGAUUUUGCUUGCUACUGAUGGCGUCCAAACUGGUCAAAGCUCCAGGGCCGCUAUCACCCUAUUAAAAAAAAUGGGAUACAAAGGAAAAAUAGUUUUGGUUGCUGGUGUUAUUGGAUCUGAUGCUCAGAAAAUGUUUAAGAGGGACGCCGACGAUGUUAUUGCCGUAAAAGGACCACAAAAUGUUGGUACAGUUGGUAUGUAA